CUUGACGGAUCGAAAAGGGUCACCUUAGGUGCCGUAGUGUAGGGGUUCUUGACCCUUGGGCUCGCCGCUCCCUCGCCGCAGCAGCCGAGAAAUGUGCUCUCAUCUCACCGGCUCUCUCUUUGGCUCUCUCUUUUCUUCCCUUCCUUCCGCCCUCCAUCUCUAAUAUCGGAAGAGCCUCCUCGAAGACCGACAUACAUGCCGCGCGAGCCCUUCUGGGAGGCAAGAGAGCGAGGCGAACGACGAGAAGGGCACGAGGACGACCCGCAGGGUGACCGCCCGGCAUGGCGGGAUCCGAGACAGCGCCGGCGUUCGACCCGGACGGUGACAGAGCGCACCUGGUGUACAUUCCCGCGGCCGUCUUCUUCGUCAUCUGCCCCGUCUUGAUGGGCCUGCGAAUAUGGGCUCGCCUGGGAACCGGAGGAAAGCUGGGUGCCGACGACUGGACCGCCAUCGUCGCCCUCGUGAGUGGCACCGUCCCCCGGAAUCACGCCCUGUCGAUCCUGAAGCCACAAUCGACGGUUCGAGGUUCGAGUUGCUGACCGACGAGCGACAGAUCUUCGCGCUUCUGACCAGUGGUUUCCUCGUAGGGUGUAAGAGAACCUUUUGUCAUCUUUUACUUCUUUCCUCCCAUCUCCACCUCUCUACUCCUAUCCCUCUCUGAUCUAUCUUUUUUUCUCUCUUGCUCUCCCCGUUUUUUUUUCGCAAUUUUUU